AAGCUUUUAAUUUGACCUUCAUUAUUUAAAAAAAAUUAAAACUGAUUAUUUAAUACUUACAUAUUUUGCAAAUUAAAAGUGGCACAAAAUUUUCAAACUGCAACUCCAUACAAUCGAUAGGAUUGUACAUGCACUUGAGGUUUAAUGCUUACAGCUUCAUCGAGCGAAAGGUACAUACUUUAAAUAAUGUAAGAAAUGGGAUGGCAGAACCAUUUCACUUUGCGAAGGAGAUUUGAUGAACAAAACGAACUAUGGGUGUAAAUUUUUACUGAAAAUGAUAAAUUUUGAAAUACAUCAGAGCUGAAGUCAUUAUAAGCAGAUCACAAAAACAAAGUCCAGAAAAUCGAUUUUUCUAAAAUCGAUAUUUUCGUCAACUUGUAUGAAACGUGAAAUACAAAAAAGACAUGAUCAAUCUGGCCAAGCAGGAAAGGCUAAGAUCAAUAUUUCUAUUCACUUAUUCAGUACACAAUUGACACAAUAUCAAUAAUUCUAAGGCCAAUCGUAGAUCAUUGAAGUCUGCGGUCUACCAAAGGGGGAGCUCGAUAAAAAUCCUCUUUAAUUGGAGUUGCAGGAACCUCACAUGCCAGUCAAUAUUCUGGAGCAGGAAGCCUAAAUUUUCUCAGCUAGUCGCAAUUCUGAUUAGGUAAUGCACUUAAGCUCUGGUCAUUUGUAACCAAACCACUCCCUCCAGGCUGGGCCUGAGCUCACCUGCACAUUCUGAUAAAGCUGGAAUUGCAGACGGGACUUCAACUUAUUGAUCUUAAAAAUACACUAGUACGAUUAAUUUUCUCAAACCGAUUGGAUUUAAAAAAAAUCGAUUUUAUAUAAAAUAGUUUGUUAUCUCUAAAUCCAACUCAAAUAACAAAACAAAAUUUGAGGAUGCCAGGUGUUUGUGAUGAAAUUAUAGACGACAUAGAAGAUUUGAUAUCUUCCCAGGAUAUAACUCCUAAAGAACGUUAUGCUAGUAGGAAGAAUGUAAGCGUCCGAUCUAAAAAGAGGGAGAAAAAAGACCCCGAACAGAUUGAAAAGGUUAUAUUAGAGAGUGUUGUACCAGGCACUCAAACAAUAUAUGUAAAAACAUGGGGCUGUGCUCAUAACAACUCAGAUUCAGAGUACAUGGCCGGACUGCUGGCUGCUAAUGGCUACAAAUUGACAGAAGACAAAUGGGAUGCGCAACUUUGGUUGUUGAAUUCAUGUACUGUAAAGAGCCCGGCUGAGGAUCAUUUCAAGAAUGAAAUUGAGCUUGGUCAGAGUCGUGGCAUACAUGUUGUUGUAGCAGGCUGUGUACCGCAGGGCGCACCAAAAAGUGGCUACCUACAUGGACUCAGUAUAGUUGGUGUACAACAGAUUGACAGAAUUGUGGAGGUCGUGGAGGAGACUUUGAAAGGUCACACAGUCCGUCUGUUUGGUCAGAGGAAAACAAACGGUCGUAAAGCGGGUGGGGCUUCACUGCUCCUGCCCAAAGUGCGCAAAAAUCCUUUAGUCGAGAUCAUAGCCGUGAACACGGGCUGCCUGAACCAGUGCACAUACUGCAAGACCAAGCACGCCAGAGGAGAGCUGGGCAGCUACCCUCCGGAAGAGAUCGUGGAGAGAGCACGACAGUCGUUCACCGAGGGAGUUGUGGAGAUAUGGCUUACAAGCGAGGAUACAGGAACCUACGGUCGUGACAUAGGAACAUCUCUGCCUGCCCUGCUCGAUGCGCUAGUAUCAGUGAUACCGGACGGCACGAGGCUCCGUCUGGGCAUGACCAACCCUCCCUACAUCCUGGAACACCUGCCCGCUGUCGCGAGGAUCAUGAGGCACCCCAGGGUCUACAAGUUUCUCCACGUCCCUGUGCAGUCGGCCAGUGACCAGGUACUGUCCGACAUGAAGAGGGAAUACACGCGAGCCGACUUCGAACACGUGGUCGACUAUCUCAGGAAAGAAGUCCCCGGCAUCACGAUAGCCACAGACAUCAUCUGCGGCUUCCCCACUGAGACCGAAGCUGACUUCGAGGAGACCAUGCAGCUCUGCAGAAAGUACAAGUUCCCUUCGUUGUUCAUCAACCAGUUCUUCCCGAGACCCGGGACGCCGGCUGCCAAGAUGACCAGGGUACCUGGUCAAGAAGUAAAGAAACGCACAAAAUUACUGUCGGACUUCUUCAGGUCGUACGAACCUUACGGUCACAAGGUGGGGGAGACGCAGGAGGUGCUAGUGACCGACGUGUCGCACGACAAGAACUACUUUGUCGGCCACAACGAGUUCUACGAGCAAGUACUGAUACCUAAGGAGGAGAAGUACAUGGGGAAAUUAGUUACAGUAAAGAUUACGAGCGCCAGUAAAUUCUCUAUGAUGGGUCAGCCCAUAGACAAACCUAAGAUGGCGGGCUUGACGGUGCCUUUGAAGAAAGGAGAGCUUUCCGGUGUCUAUGGUUUGAAAAGGGAAAAUAAAAUACCUAUCCCUAUACUUGUGCUGUUGAUGGUUGUCUUAGCUAGAUUUAUAUGGAUGUUUUUUAUAGUUUAAUUUUAAUAAACAAUUUUAAGCAAA